AUGUUGGAAGGAUCAAGCCUGAAACUGAAGUACGACAGCGUGAAAUGUCGUGAACGUGUGCAGUUUGGCAAGUACCGCUUCAUCAAACCCUCUGGAAAUUUUAUAAUUCCCGACUUUGCGUGUGAAAGAGAUGAAAAAGAGAUUCGUGAAUCACAAACAGUGGCACCGAUAUCCAAACCUCGAGUAGUAUCACCCAUUUCUCGGAAGAAAAAUGUUAUCCUUUCUGAUGACUUUGAUGACGAUGAAUUAUUACGACUUGCAGAUGCAAGUGAAUUGGAAUAUGUUCCAACAUCGGUAUCAUCCAGUACUUUGAUUAAUAAAAAUAAAGGACGUUCGGACCAAGAAAGCGUCGUGUCAGACAUUCCGGAUCCUCCACGAUAUGACGAAAUUUAUCUCAGUGAUUCAGUUGUUGGUGAAGAAAUUGAAUUCCUUGAUUCUCCAAACGAUCUUUUGGAUACAAAUAUGGAACCAGAUGAAGUUACAAGUAAUGAAAGGCUCCUAACUUAUGACAGAAAUAUUGGUAAUGAACAACAAGGCUCUAUUGAAAUUGUAACAUUGUCGCCUGAUUUCAUUCCCCUGAAAUCCAAAAUCACACCAUGCACGACACUUCGUAAUAACGAUGUAUUCGACAAUGAUAUGGACGACAGUGAUAUGAAUAUGAAGGUCAGAGUACAAGAAAGCGCUCAUCCUGCUCCUCACAUAACUAAUGAACUAGACGAUACGCAUCUUUUGUCAUGUAAUUCGGAAAAACACAGACAUGAUAUGCACGGUCAGUUUCGAGCCUUUUUGCAAGAUGAUGGAGAUCAGUUCGAAGAUGAAACUAAGCAUUUGGGACGGGAGUUGUGCAGUGAAAUGUAUCAUAUCUUGAAAAGCAGAUUUGGUUUCAACCAGUUUCGUCAUCGCCAAAAACACGCUAUUAUUGCAGCUCUACUUGGCUACGACUGUUUUAUUCUCAUGCCAACAGGAGCUGGAAAAAGUUUGUGCUAUCAGCUUCCAGCUAUUUUAUCAAAAGGUAUUACUGUUGUUAUCUCCCCUCUCAAAUCAUUAAUCGAAGACCAGAAAAUGAAAAUGAAGGAGCUUGAGAUUUGCUGUUAUGCAUUAACAUCUGAGCUCAAUCAGGCUGAGUCGGAUCGAAUUUAUAGCAUGUUGAAUGAAAGCUCUCCAAAAAUAAAAUUGCUUUAUGUGACGCCCGAGAAGAUAGCUGCUUCCGAGAAAUUGAAUAACAUGUUCUUUUCUUUACAUCGAAGGGAUUUGCUCACUCGAUUUGUUGUCGACGAAGCGCACUGUGUUUCUCAGUGGGGUCAUGAUUUUCGGCCUGAUUAUACGAAAUUGCAAUCUUUAAGGAGAAUGUUCACAAAUCCAGUGGUACCGGUUAUGGCUCUCACCGCUACAGCAACACCAAAAAUCGUAACUGAUAUCCGAGUUCAUUUGGCAAUUCAACAGAGCAAGCUAUUUAUAAGUAGUUUUGUGAGAACCAAUCUGAAGUACGAUGUGAUUGCUAAAGGACCGCGUUCAUUAGUGAGGGUAAUGGAUCGCAUGAAAAUUUUGUAUCCAGACAAAUCUGGGAUUGUUUAUUGUCUCUCAAGAAGGGAUUGUGAAUUGGUUUCAAAAAUGUUGGAAAAUCACGCUAUAUCUUCGGAGGUAUAUCAUGCAGGAUUAAGUGAUAAGAAACGGCUCGAAGUGCAAACGAAAUGGAUCAGUAAUCAAGUGAAUGUCAUUUGUGCUACUAUUGCAUUUGGCAUGGGAAUCGACAAACCAGAUGUACGAUUUGUUAUUCAUUUUAGCAUGCCGAAGUCGAUCGAAGCAUACUAUCAAGAGACUGGUCGAGCUGGACGCGAUGGCCUAAAUUCAUACUGUGCAAUCCUUUACAGUUAUAAUGAUUCAGUAAGGAUCAGGAAAAUGAUCGAAGGAGAGAAUAACACACAAGGCGUUCGAACGAUGCAUUUGAAUAGCGUGCUUCAAAUUGUAGCAUACUGUGAAAAUGUUUCAAUUUGUCGGCGGAAAUUAUUAGUAGAGCAUUUUGGCGAGGUUUACGAUGCAGAAGCUUGUCGUACAAGUAACUCUCCUUGUGAUGUUUGUGUCCAGCAAAUCAAGAAUGCGAACGCAUAUAAAGUUUACGAUGUAACAGAAGAAGCGAAACUUGUGACUCAGAGCAUGCUUUAUAUGCAUAAUGUUACUUUGAAGUACCUCGCCGAUUUAUAUCGUGGUCAUAUGGGACAAAAAAAAUUCGUUGAUAUGGCGAUGCGGUUAGGUCACACAAAAUAUGCAAUGUUUGGACGCGGUGUUAGGAUGCAAGAAACAGAUGCAUUAAGAUUUGUUAGAAAAUUGGUAAUUGACGGCGUUAUCACGGAACAGCUUUAUAAUACGAAAUUUGGUACAACGGUUGCUUAUGCUGAGCUGACAGAGUUAGGUCGAGAACUAGCGAAUGGACACAGCAGAAUGAAGGUGUAUCUUCAUAUAUCAAAUCAGUCAGAUGAUGAUUCCCAUGGAAUGGAAGUAGCAGGACUAAUGUCGAUAAAUAGUGUCAGUGAAGUAGAGGCUUUGAAAGAAAGAUAUAUGGUGAAACAUGCGGACUUAUUUAGCAAGUGUAAAGGAGAUCUUUUGCGAUUGUUUUCCGACAUUGCAUCUGCAGAGGGCCUUAGCAAUCAUCUGCCCAUUAUUAAUUCCGAAGGUAUUGAACAAAUAGCAGCACUGAUGCCGCGUACAUACUCCGAUCUCUUACAAAUUGAUAGCAUGACUGUGCGAAAAGCUGAACGAUAUGGUGCUCAAAUCAUGUGUAUGCUAAAGGAAUACUGGAAUGAACUUGACGCACGUGAGGAGAAUGAAAUCAAACGGCAGCUGAACCAUAUGAAUACAAAUAAAGAUAUCGUCGGUGGUUUUAGGGACAUACAGAUAGAUGGUGCAGUUACCCCAGCUUCAGUGCUCAAUUCACAGUCAAUUUGUGGUCGUGGAAAAUAUUUACCUUACUUCGGAACGUCAACACGUUUUACUGGGAGUGGAAAUAGACGUGGCCAGGAUCGCAAGAGAGGGUUUAACGAAUCACAAAGGUCUAGUUCGUCAAGAGGUUCAACUCACUCUAGACAUGGACGGAGGAAAACUUAUGCGUCUCAUGCAACGAAAGUACCUAUUAAUCGAUCACUUUUUCCAAAUCUGUAA